ACAUCGGACAUCCCUACUUUUUGUCAAAACGGUUGUCAAAGCGUACUAACCGACUAAAUUAUGUAUAUUGUUUCCGGCAUGUUUUCGGCUAUUUCAAAACAUGUUUUCAAUUUAGUUGUAUUACAUUUGCUGUCCGUUAUGUUGACAAGUGAAAGUAACAAAGUAUGGAAUGUAGCAAUUGUAGCUUCCCGAUUAAAAAUGGGUUCGUUCACAGACGCCGAGGAAGAAAAAUUAAUAAAAAUGGUUAUAUCUAAUGAUAUAUUAUAUAAUGCGUCCCAUGUAAAUUAUAAAAGUAAUUUAAUUAAGGACAAUGUGUGGAAGGAGAUCGGCAAGGAGUUGAACAGAAAUGGUGGAGACUGUAAAAAGAAAUGGAAAUGCAUAAGAGACACCUACCAUAGAUAUAAAAAGAAAAUAAAAGUUACUGGUGCUGUUCCAAAACAAACGAAAGAUAGGAGGCAUAUUUUAUUAUCUUUUCUGGAUAGUUUUCCUCCUCAACCGAGAUCAGGAGGAACAGGUUGGAGCGGAGGUAACCAAGAAUUAUUGGAGGAAGAAAAUCAUUGGCAAGCGGGAGAAAUACAGAAUGCUACGGAAGUAAGUAAUGAUUCAGACGCACAUAUGUUAAUGCCUGAUAUAAUUAUAAAAGAAGAAUACAAUGAAUCGGAUGUCCAAAUGUUUGGUAUUUCAGAAAGUAAUAGCAUAGAUGCAACACCUCAGAAAAAAAUACUAAAACGGACAAAUAGUGAUGACCACAGUUUCCAAGAAAGGGACAAAGUACAGAGUACCUUAUUUAAAACCAAUAGAAAGAAAGGAGAUGACAUAGACUUGUUUUGUCGCCAUCUUGAAGAAGUGUUGCGGAAUCUACCUCCAAUAGAGAAGGCAAAAGCAAAACUGGAGAUGAAUAAUAUCCUGUCAAAAUAUGAGAUUUUGGUUGCAACUAAGUUUGAAAGAUUGAGUUAUACAUCAGUGUUAAAUUUUUCAACAGAUUUAGAUUCGACAUCUGUAGACAACUCAUAUUCAGAUAUGCAAAACAAUGAUCAAACAGAUUAACCCGUCAUAUAUGUGUGGUCGUCCAAUUCGUGGGUUAAAAUCUGGGUUGAGCUGUAUUGAAAAAUUGUUCUCCAAAAAAGGCAAAAAGAUAACUAAAAAUUCGACCAGUACCCUUAUCAUACACAGACAGGAGGUUAAAACCUUUUAACCAUCAUAGAUAGAGCAUGCUCAUGUUGCGUACAAAGUAUCAGUCUUAUGAGCCUGUUGCGAAAUGAGCCGUAAAUGUUAAAGGGUUAAGUAAUAUGGAGAUAAAGAUUUACAUAGAAUCUCCUAUGCCUAUUCUGCUUGUUGUUUGAAGCUACAAGAAUAGCCAGGACUAGAUGAAGAUAGAUGAUUCAAAAGAUGCCCCUUCAAAACCAAAAACAUGGACUCUUGAGUCCACGUUUUCACUUUUUCGGUUCACGGAAUGGCUGGGAGCUUACGAAAUGUAGUACCACAAUACAUAAUAGUACAACGUACAGAAGGUUCACUCUCUAAAAACGCAUCUAUCAUGACAGAUGUGUCCGCAAGGUGGCGCAAGCGCGGGCAGACGUCCGUUCUGUAGCGGUGCGCGGCAACCACUACUGCUAGACACCAACAUUGGUGCUGGCCGUAUGUACUUGUAGCAUCGCUAGUUCGCGACGAAAUCGCGGAGUGAGCCACGUAUGGCGAUGCUGGCAUAUAGAGAAAAUUAGCCUGACUAAGAAAAAAUAAAAUGAAUAUUAUCCUUAACUGAAUGUCGAGAAGUCAUGAAAAUAACCGAUAAUGAAAUCGUGAGGAAUGAUGUAAGGACAGCUUUUACAAUAUUGUAAUGAAUGGCCACCUUAUUGUGCUCGCGACACAGCAUGACAAACCAUGGGGCCGCCCCAUAAAGAAUAAAUAAUAGUACUACUUUACAGAAAGGAAACUAACUACAAAACUGAAGUUUGAAAGCCAUUCAGAGACAAAUCGCGUUGUCGGCUUCUAAUGUAUGGCAUUGUCCCUUAGUGUUGGCCAACACUGCUAUCCCUUUCGGCUAUUUAGGAAUGUCAAAAUUUAAGUCAUUAUCUUAUCUGUGGUUGUGCACGCAAAGGAACAUCAAGUUGCCAACCCUAAUAAUUGCUUGUAGCAUUGCUGAGCCGAACGGAUCCGAUGACGCCCGAACCCGCCCGUAGCUGUUGACAUUCCCCGCGUGAUCUGCUAGAAAUCUGACCAUGCAUUGAUUAAGGGAAUCUUGACACGAAAGGAGAAGAGAGAAGCUAAGAAAAAUGUCACCUGUGUUGACAAAUUAAGAAAUAAUAUAUGUAUGUAUACAAUGCAAGAAAAGUUUUUUUUUUACUUUAA